AUGAAGAGAGAUUUUAAAAGUGUAAUAAAUGUGGCAAAUUUUUCAGACAUUGUUCAUACUUUGCAGUUCAUCGGCGAACUCAUGCUGGAGAGAAACCUUACAAAUAUCAUGAUUGUGGCAGGGUCUUCAGUCAAGCUUCAUCUUAUGCAAAACAGGAAAAUUCAUACAGGAGACAAACUUCACAAGUAUGAUGAUUGCAGCAAAGCCUUUACUUCACGUUCACACCUAAUUAGACAUCAGAGAAUCCAUACUGGACAGAAAUCUUACAAAUGUCAUCAGUGUGGCAAGGUCUUCAGUCCGAGAUCACCCCUUGAGGAACAUCAGAAAAUUCAUUUUUGAGAUGAUUGUUCCAAAUGCAAUGAGUAUAGCAAACCAUCAUGAAUUAAUUGGCAUUAGAGUCAGUUCAGCAUUGACUUGAGUUUGAAUUGACUUAGCAUUGAGUUCAAGCAUUAAUUGACAUUAAACUGUUUAUGUUAAGAAGAUUGGAUCAGCAGGGUGGCUCACGCCUGUAAUCCCAGCACUCUGGGAGGCCAAGACCAGUAGAUCACUUGAGGUCAGGAGUUUGAGACCAGACUGGCCAACAGACAUGAGUCACUUUUCCCAGCCUGUAUUUUGUUUCUUUAAUAAAAACUGUUAGGAGUUUUUAUGGGUAUGUGUUGAAUCUAAAUCACGUUUGUAUAAUCAUUUAACAAUAUUAAGACUUCCAAUCCAUCAAUAUGGGUUGUAUGUCUUUAGUUUUUUUGAUCAAUGUAGAUUUCAAGGUACAAGCUUCUCACCUCCUUAAUUCAGUUUAUUUGUAAGUAUUGUUUCAUAGCAAAUUGAAGUGUGUUCAUAAGUUUCUUUAAACAUUAUUUAUUGUUAAUGUAAGGAAAUUCAACUAAUUUUGGGUGCUGAUUUUGUAUUCUGCAAAUACACUGAGUGGGUUUAUUAGUAUCAGUAAAAUCUUGGUUGAUUCUUUGUGA